GAAGUUUGAGGUAUGAGGGUGGGUAGGCGGCCACACUUAAGUGUGCGGCCUGGCUGGCAGUGCCAGUUGUAGAUCAGCCUUGGCCGGCUGUUGGAAAUGCGGGAAUAUUAUUUACAUCCGGUAUUUGGAAAUCGUUCUGUUUGUUGUUAGUGUUGUUGCUGUUCGUGAUUUUUUUUCUUUUAAAUAUUUGUGUCGUGUCGAGUUACAAUUUUUCCUCCAAUAUGUCGUUCUCAUUCCGCUGCAGUGUGCAAGCAGCCUUUAGCCUACUGUAAUAAUUAACUCUUCUUGCUAUUUCCGUCUCAUACGUCGUUUUGUUUAUCAUUUUUUCUUCUUCAUACAUUGAGAAAUCUAUCACCACCUUGAAAAAAAAAAGAAAGUAUUAUAUUCCGAGGCGGGGGAUAGAAAAACUUGAUAAAUGUCGAUGUGAUAAAAUAUCAUCAUGCUGAGAAACGUAAGUGCAUUGAUAAACUUGUCGAGCUUUGCUUGGAUUAUACGAAUAUGGUGUGAGAAUAAACGCGUAUCAAAAAACGGACGGAGGUAAAAGGAAAUAGAAAAAAUUACAGCAAGAAACGGUUGGAACAGCAACAGCUCAGGUUAAUGUAUACAUAUUGAACACGCGUGCAGUGCCACCCCGUCUGAACCACGACCCGCCACGGCGGCCCGAAGACCUUGGUGCCAAUAAUAAUAUUUCACUCGGCACCCUGUCGACGAGCCAAAUAACCCCACAUCGCCUGACCCCAGGAUUUGGUAGUGAAUUUUCAAAAAACAGCAAGACGUGAAAACAGUGAGACUGAAAAAGGAUCAGGGGAUCUGAUGUGGAAGAGAUUGCGGAAACAAAAGUUUUGUGCCGUAGGCCUGCGGAUGACCUUUAUCUCUGUUACCCUGAAACGAGGCAUGACGAGAGCCUGAGACGUCAUCGUCAUGGCUAGCAGCACGGAGGAUUACGGCUCCGAGUUACAGGAACUGCAGUGGGGCGGAGGAAGCGGAUCCAACUUCCUGAGGAGUGGCUCCCACUUCCUAAGAACGGGAUGCUACGAGGCGGAGGACCUCGAAUCGACGAGGCAUCAGACCGGCCAAAACAGGGGCUACUACAGUCCACCGGGUACCAGUUAUACAAUAGUCGAAAGGCCCCCGAGCGCCCCGCACCAUCAUUCGACCCACACGACACCUUACCGGAAACGGGGACAUGGGGGAGGCGGAAGCGGAGCGAUCUCGCCGGAGCAAGUGCUCAGGCUCUUCGGCAACGGUGUCAACGAGAAACGGCAGACGGACAGACGGACGCCGGCUUCGAGUCCCGCCAGCGUCGCGGCGCUUCGGAAUUCCGCAAGCCAGUCUGGACAGCAAAAUCUUCAAACCUCCCCACCGCCGCCGCCCCCAAGCCUCCAGGAACUCACCGUGAGGACCAUCACCAUGGCCAGAGAUCCUCCUGACUCGCAUCACGGCUUUGGGAUCUGCGUGAAGGGAGGUAAAGACGCUGAAGUGCAGUCAGGUGUCGGUGUAUAUAUUUCACGUGUCGAGGAGGGUUCAGUUGCCGAACGAGCUGGACUCCGUCCCGGUGAUACGAUUCUUGAAGUGAACGGUAUCCCGUUCCGUGCAGUGACCCACGAAGAGGCUCUCAAGAUGCUUAAAUCCUGCCGGACGCUUAGCAUGACGGUUCGCGGGCCCGCAUUGGACCCUCGAUGUCGAGGGAGUCAUCCCGGGUGGACGGCUUCCGGUCGGCAGCAAUCCUGCAGCUGGAUGGACCGCCAGGGUCGCCCUGCUUCCCCACCUCCGUUGCACAGCCGAGACGGCCGCUACGCGGCCCAUAGAACGCGGAAAGUCGAGCUCUGCAUCGAACCUGGACAAUCCUUGGGACUCAUGAUUAGAGGGGGUCUAGAGUAUGGUCUGGGAAUCUACGUUACCGGCGUGGACAAGGACAGCGUCGCGGACCGAGCGGGACUUCUGAUUGGGGACCAAAUCAUCGAAGUCAACGGUCAGAGCUUCGAGGAAGCGACCCACGACGAGGCGGUCCAGAUACUGAAGACGAACAAGCGCAUGAGUCUGGUCAUUAGGGACGUCGGAAAGGUUCCUCACUCCUGCACAACCAGUCAACCCGUCGUCGUUCCUCCGUCUCGGUACCAGGAGCACGAUCCUCUUCUUCUGGACAGUCCGGCCAGCCAUGGAAAUCAUCGGCCGCCCAGUCCGGGAACCGGCAGUACCGAGUGGAGGAAUCGCGCUCUUCAUUCAGCAACUGCCGCCAUGGUGGAAGAGAAGGCCAGGGUAGUCCUCGCCAGGAGUGAAAGAGCUGCACUUUCACAGCUUCUUGGCGACUACAGGAGUCGUCGGCUGACCAUCGAGGACCUCGUUGCCAGUUUGGGCGAUCUUUUGAACACUCAUGAAAAGCUCACGCUUCUCACCGAGCUCAGGGAACUCGUUGACGGAAAGGAUCGUGCUGCCUUUGAUGACCUCGUUUACAGACCAAGGACCAACGUUACUCUUGCCAGGAGGAAAGGUGAUAGGACGCAUUCUGAUCUGGUUGUGACACCGUCGAUUCACGAUCUUCCGAGAGGGGGCGUUGGUGGCGUUGGCGGUAACGCCACCGGAAGUUGUUGCCGACCUGCGAGGCUCGUGGACGUCGAAGGAGAUCCCCUAGGAGUAACGGGACCUCUUAUACCAAGGGAAGGCCAGGGGGAGUAUAGGUCGCCGAGUGAGGACAGCGGUCUCGGAGCAGACAUGCCCAGGAGCAGAGCUGGCUGCAGACGAAGCCAACAGCACCAAGUCGCAACUUCAGACCUCGCCCUCUCCAACGAUGACGAGUGCGAUAAUCAGGACUACGAGGACGAGGCUGAAAAUGACAGAGGACGAAGGCACAGCUCACCUGGAGGUUCCCGAGGGAAUACCAGAGAUUUUGGACACCAUCAUUUGCACGCUGACAAUUUGGAGAGCGAUGGCGGUUGCGAGGGUAGCGACUCCGAGAUGAUGGGAAAUGGGAGACGCGGCGAGAGGGAUCGCGAAGAGGAUGAUGAGGACGAGGAGGGCAGGGAGGAGAGGAACUCGGAGAGUGGCGGUGGGGGUUUCGGUGGGUGGAGAAACCACCUUCUCGGUGGCCUUACGCAGCGCGUCAAGUCCUGGUACUGGGGCGCCAGGCCCCUAUUAACACCUUUACAGGAACUCGCGCACAAACUAUCUCGCAGCUUCGAUAUGCAGGAGGCACAGUUGCUGGAGGAAGUCGGCUCCGGAAGUGGGACAAACGGCAGCGGAGGAUCCGGCCGUCCUCCGAGACGUCAUCACAGCGCCCAGCGGCUUGCCCGAGGUGACAUGGCAACCGGAAGAGAGGACGAUGGCGCCCUCGUCGUGCCGGACCACCAGGGGAACCUUCGCAUCACCGUCAGGAAGACAAAAUCGAUCCUCGGAAUCGCUAUCGAGGGUGGCGCCAACACGAAACAUCCCUUACCCCGAAUCAUCAACAUUCAUGAUAACGGGGCGGCUUUUGAAGCUGGAGGACUUGAAGUUGGCCAAUUGAUCCUUGAAGUGGACGGACACAAAGUACAAGGGCUUCAUCAUCAAGAAGUGGCACGACUGAUAGCAGAUUCGUUCGCACGGAGAGACCGCAACGAGAUCGAGUUCCUAGUCGUCGAGGCGAAGAAGAGCAACCUCGAGCCAAAACCAACAGCGUUGAUAUUCCUGGAAGCGUAGCAAGAGUCCCCCACCUCUGAGCCAGAACCUCCCUAGCUCUAAAUAUCGAACGACGAGUGCUAUAACGUGUACGAAAAUCUCCUGGGUGAUGAAAUUUCGAAAGAAGAAAGAGGAGUUAAAGAAACAAUAUAAAAAAAAAAAAUUAAUCGAAAUCGAAUCACACCGGGGAGAAAUUCAGAAUAAAAUUCGUUGAAAAUGUUCACUCGUUCAGAGAAUAACAUCAUCAGAGCUGGCCCAGGUGGUGGGACUGCAUGAAUAAAAUAAUGGUGUAACUAUGUAAUCAUUAGGUGAAUUUAAUAUUACACGGAAAUUAAUAUAUGCAUAAUAUAUUCUAAAAUCUGCACUGAAUAUGUUAUCUGUUAUGUUUAUGUGAUUACGAAGAGGUCAAAGGAAAACUGAAAGAAAAUGUUCGAAGUAGUGCACUGUGAGGUUAGAAUCGAACUACGGAAAAUCAAGAAUCUUAUUUACGGACGAUUUUGAAAUUCCACACUGGGUCUAUGGACUGGAAAAAUAAACGGAAACGUGAAUCGUCAUAGUGUGGCAGCCUAGAAAAAAGGAAAGAAAAAUGGCAGAGAAGAAAUUAGCAAUAGCGUCGCAACAGAACAGCCACGUUCUCCGCCUUGCGAUUUUACCUCACGCGUUUUUUCAAUUACACCAAUAAUUUGUAGCGAUCUUAGUUCCAGUAGCUUCUCUGUUGUUGAAAUUAUUGAAAAAAAAGUUUGUCUUUCGGAUUUCGGAGCAUCGAUUUCUCAAUCUUGGAUUAAAACAUAACGCUUCUCGCUUAGGUUCGUAAUCCGAAAUACCAAUUUCCCGACAUGCUACCAAAAAUAUAACCGUUUAUCGAUCGAACCAAAUUAUCGCAAACACCGUUGAAUGUGCAAAAAACAAGGUAGCGAAAAAACUGAGAAAACAUCCAACAUAUUAUAGUUGAUCGCCCCGGAUUAUUAUCAGUAUUAAAAAAGGUUUAACAUAAUAUACCUAUGUAUAGUAUAAGAGAUAAAAUUUAAGCGAGGUACAAUUGUUGUUGCAUGAUAAAUAUAUAUGAUACGUUUUACCAAUUAUCAACACAACUUCUGAAUAUCAAAAAAUUAACUUCAACAGUCUACAAAUUUCAAAUGAUAGUGAAGCUCAUUUCCUGUCAUCCAGAAGUUGCGCUGAGAAUAGGUCUAGUUAUUCAUAUUUAUUCAGAUAGUGUGCCAAACAAUCGCGAUGUUUUCUGUAAACGUGGGAUAAACCUGUUUAUUAUUAAUACUAUUAUUACACAAUUGAUAUAAAAUGAUGAAUAAUAUUAUACUUGUACGAAUAAGAAUAAUAUAAAUAAUAACAAUAACAUACAACGUAAUACGUAAACUGUGAAAUAUAUACAUAUAGAUUUAUAAUAUAAUAUUAUAUAUUUGGACACAAACAAAUUAUACAUCGUAUGUACCUAUCAGGCGUUCAAUUAGCCAUAGAGUCACCGGAAAAAUACAAGUGUACGAUGAAGUAAUCAUGCAGCAGAGAAAACCAACCGUGAUUUAAUAUUAAUAAAAGUAAAUAUAUAGUUAAAUUAAUAAAAUAUUUAAUAAUUACAUACCGAGUGAAACAAUACAUUAUAACUGUACACACAUACCUAAAACUGAUAUAAACAAUAUAAUAGGUAAUAUUAUUACUGUUGACAAAUGUGUUACAGAAAAUGUUGAGAAAAAAAAGUUGAAAAAAUGUAUUGAUAAUAAUAAUGACAUACAAUAUGGUUGAACUGAAAA